AUGACUCCUCCGCUCGACCUGGACCUCGAGGUUCUUCGGUCAUCUGUCCACGCCCCAAUCCGCGACCACCUCCGCUCUCUCAUUGGGAAACACGAGUUGCAGCUUGUUGCAGCCGCGCUAUACGAUGCUAUCCACCAAGGAUAUAUCCCUCCUGAUCCCACUACUCACAUAUAUCUCUCCAUCGCCCAAUCUCCCGAUGCCAUCUUGUUCGCCCUCACUUACCCCCACUCCGCCGGUGUCCGAAAGGCGGCCAUUCGAAUUUUGGGGAAAUGGUUUCGCAAGGAUGACAAGUUCCAGGCCUUUUGGGAUCUUGUCGGCGGCGUGGAGGGCUUCAUGCAAGUCAUGGCUCGCCUCAGCGUCGUCGACGUCAAGGACCUGUGCUUGGUCAUUGGUCAUGCAGGCUACACGCCGGGAUGUCCCGUUCGCGAACGCGAGGUAACCAAGCUUCUCGUUUGUCUCGCGGGCAUAGACUACGACUAUGAAAAUGACGAAAGCGACGAUGAUAAUGAUGAUGACGGUGACGACGACGAGGACGGCAAUACGAGCGGGGACGAAGAAAAGAAAGGGCACGACGAAAACGAAAACGACGAGGAUGAAUCCUCGAAUUCCUCAGUAGCUGCGGUAGUCAGGCCUAGAAACCCCGAUAAUCGUCCCAUCAUCACCUACCCCCACCUGGCCCCCGCCUGUUCCGCCACCUUUGCCUGCUGGUACUACGGCUGGGGCUACGGAGGCGGGAUGCCCUUCGCCCUCCUCUACAAGCUAUUCGAAGCCCACCCCGACGGGUUCCACGAGCACUGCUACGACGAAUCCUUCCCCGAAAACUACCUCCACGGCGACUGCCUCUACAACUACUGGAACCUCAUGCGCCGCAGCCUCGAUCGCCGGCAGGGGCCCCACCAGCAAAUGGAGAAGGCGUGGGGUCUCAUCGCCCUGUGCCUUCUCGGCAUCACAAAGGGCUCGGGCGGCACUUUUCCCUACGAGUCGGACGAAGGUGAGCGCCUCCUCGUCCUCUACGCGGCGCGCUUUUGGAAGCGGUUCGAUGCUGGGAGCCGCAAGGGAGGCAAGGGUGAGAUUAUACUGCGCGGCCUGCUGGACAGGGCGCCCGAGGGCGCCGUCGACAUGACGACCAUGGGUCGGCUGCUCAAGGCUGUGAAUCCGCGCAGGCGGCUGCCGCUGCUGAAGAUGGUACUGCGCCACGCGUCGCAGUUCGAUAUCGAUCUGGAUGGCCCGGAUGCCAAGGCGGUUGACGAAAAGCUGAGCAACCUGGGGCAAGCCUGGCCCCUCGAGGUGUUUGUCAACCUACUGCCUCGUGACGAAGCGAUACCCCUCCUUGAGCGGCUCAUGGCCUUGUCUUGGUGGGAUGGGUGUAUUAGCAUUCACGACUUUGACGUGUGGAAUAGCUUGCUCUAUCUCGACCGACCGCAAUGCAACGCGCGCCAGGCUGUCCUACCUAGUCUUUUGCUCAUCCAUUUAAAAGCGCAAUCUCCCGACGAGGGCUACAGAAGCACUGCCUUAAAAGAGGCAGCACGGUUGACAGAAGAAUGGAAAGAAAAGGCUGUUGCUGGCAAAGAUCCAGAGGAUCGCGCCGAUGGUGCCGUCAUGGCGCUUGCAUACUCCGUGGCAUCCGGAUCACUGGACGCAUUGAGCCAGACCCUGAGCUGGACGACCCAAUUUUGCUCCGAUACCCGCACCGCCGCCCUCGUGUACGGGCACAUGUUACUGCGGACGGACGAGUCCAUUCGCCUUCUCGCGGGCAUUCCCGACCGCCAGAUCCUCAACACCAUCAAGUCUUCGGGGCUCGCGUCCGGCUUCCGCCGCUUACGCAAGUCAAUCUCCGGCAGCGACAAAACCGCCUCGUCCGCAUUGGUGGCGGCCAUCCAGUCCUCCGUCCUAGCCGGCAACAUCAUCUUCGAAACCCUGGCCGUAGAUUUCGGCGUGAUUUUGGACGAGGACGAGAUCCGGCCCUCUCAAUGGCUCAGAGUAACUGCCUUGCUGGGCCGCAUCGCCUCGCAGCGGCUCUCGAGAUUCGGCCAGCUCAAGGCCGACCACCACCUAACGGACGAUCAGCUCUGGGACGCGGUGGCAAAGCCCACGCUGGACAUCCUGUUGAGGCAUGAGACGCGGGACCUCGAGGUCUCGCGCGGCAAUCCAGAGGUUCACCAGUACCGUCCUGGACCAUUGGGCUUGUAUAAGCACAAGGGCGGCGUCGAGCAGUUGACCCGCACCGGCGAGAGGUUCUUGAGCGAGCUCGCGGAAAAACGCGACCAACUAUGGGCCAAACAUCGUGCCGCGGUGCAGCCGGGCGCUGCAAAUCUCGCGGCUCCGUGGCCUCGCGGCUUGCCGUUCCAAAAUUUGUGCAACGUUGAACCGACGCCAGGUCUCUCCGUUCCCUAUCUAGGAAGGCUAGCAGAGAGCAUCGUGUUUCUCGACCCAACAAUAGCAGCAAACUCGGUGCCCGAGGACCCGGGCGCACGGUUUGCCAUCGGCUCUUUCGUGCACUAUUACUGGCCCUGUCUGCUGUAUUACGUGAAAACGGGGGCAACGGAAGAGGUACGCCGGAGCGGAGCAGCUAGGGCCUGGGAUCACGCGACGACCCGGCUCACGGGUUACAGCCCACAGGUUCCGACGCCAUGGACGUUAUGGGAACGCGUGUUCAAGGGGCUCAAGACGCGCCAGCCGAGUUCCUCGAAAGACGAGGCUUUCCGCGGCCCACCCUUGGCAUUCCCUCCCGCCGACGAGUCGGGCGAGCCGGUCGAGUGGCAUCCGAAUUCCGGUCGGCUCGACCCCAGCGACCAGGCGGCGCCCCCACCGUAUACCCUUGUAUCCGACAUCACCCGUCGCUUCCACGUAUCCCAGUUCCAGGAUCGCAGCUGUCGAGUGCGCGAUCCGCUAGCCGCCGUAUCCAUGUGGUCUAUCGAUGCCAAGACUGGAGGCGAGAAGACGCCGUUUUCUAGUCCAUUUCCAAAGUCCCCGAGCCCCCGGUAUCCGGCGUUUUACCUCGACGACGUCUCCCUAACGCAAGAUCCCCAGGAUGUCAAGUUUCAACUCAAGAUGCUGAAAAAGUGCCGACUGACUGUGCCUCCCGCACUUUUAGAGCAGUUGGCGCGUCGUCUCUGGUCACGCCUCGACAACAGUUCCGAAAAGGAUCCGGACAGCGUCCAGGCGUGGUACCUGGUUGAGAUAAUUCGGUUACUCGUCCGAUCUGACGCGCCGCAGCUAGCAACGAGUCUUGUCCAUGAUUUCAUCGUCAACUGCACAGAUCUGAGUCGCGUGUAUCCGCGCGUUCUUGGGCGCCUUCUGCUCCGGGUCUUGUCUUCAGAAGAUGCGAGGCAGUUUUUUCAAGGCCUCGUGGCAGGUCUCCAAGCAAAAAUAGCCGUUGUCCAAGGUUCUUCGAGCGAAUCAGUAGCUGACACCGAACGCGAAAAGGCGAAUCGCCUGGUCAAAAUCAGGAUGAUCCGUUAUAUUGGCCACCUUCUCGCGAAAGACGCCGAAUAUCUCGAUGCUCCAUCUGUCACCAGAAUGUCGUUAAGCCUAAUGCAAGCAUCUGAUGAAUACUGGCUAUGGAAAGCUAUCCUUCCCAGCAUGAAGAGCAGCUUUGUUGCUACUUUCACCAAGGAUGGCGUUUUGAACGAGUCCGUGGUUUCCUUCAUGGAGCAGACUCUCUUGCCAAGGCUUGGAUCGAUCAACGAAACGCAGAGAACCACGGAGCGCGACUGGAACAAAUUCGAAUCGCUCAUCGUCUACAUGCCCAAAAAGGCAGAAACGGAGACGGGGUAUACCAGCCUCCAGUACGAACUCUUUGACUGUGCGCGGGGUAUCUUGCCUGAUUUGGAUACCAAAGAUGAUGAUAGUGACGACGAUGACGACGAUGACGGUAGCGACAGCGACAGUGACAGCGACGAAGAGAGUCCGGAUGACGCAAAGAGGCGGCUUGGCGCUACGUUUUUGACAAGGAUCAUCUUUCCAAUGAUAGAGCGGUCCAUCGAGGAAAACGCGCGGUGGACAAGGGCCUUUCUCAAACAUUGGGGGCUUUCGUCCCUCCUACCAGAGGGUACUGAGCUCCCACCCACACCGAUGUACCCUAAAAUGAUCAACACCGUCAUCUACGACCACGAGCACUACAUACCCAAACUCAUGUACGAUCGGAUGCACGCUUUCUGCAUGGCGCUGAUCGAGCCCUCUCCCGCGCUGGCUGAGAUAACUAGGCGCGUGAAGGAAGAUGUGGAAAUUGGAGAGUCUAACGGAGGCAAAUACUGGCUCUCACUCUGGAGCCGUACGGGCCGCGAUGCCGUGGGGCACGGGCUAUAUGCAGCCGCGGAACAACUAGUGUACAAUAUCUGGAACGAUGACAAACAGCGGCCGCGGGAGCUGACCGCCGAAGAUAUCCAAAAGAACACACUGGAGGCUUUCGAGGCUAUGAUGAACAAGGGCGAGGUUGGCGGAUGCCAGCUCCUAAUGGAAGCCAUGACGGACAAUAUCGGCUACCACGUGUCCAAGGCCGUGCAGCGGUCAUUUAUCAAGUGGAGCAUGCCGGUUCUCGAAGGGGCCAUUGCUCUCGUCGAGGCUCAGGAGGCAGCCUGGAAAGCCUCGGGACAGGAGGGAGAGGUCGCGCUGCUCGACGUUGGUCAAAUCAAGGACGAGAUACCCCACUUUGCCCGGAAGGAUGAAGAUUCAAGUGACAGCGAGUCGGAAGAUGGGGAGUCGAACGAUGGUAGUAGUGACGAAGGUUCUGAGGGUGACUCCGAUGAGGACGGGGUCAGUCAUGAGUGA